UGCCACACACCAGAUUACAGUUACUGGAUUUUGCCACACACCAGUUUACAGUUACUGGAUUCUGUCACACAUCAGUUUACCAUUACUGGAGUCAGUCAAACACCAAUUUACAGUUCAGUUUCUGGAAUCUGGCACAAACCACUUUACUGUUACUGGAGUAUACACCAGGUUUCAGCCACUAGAGUCUGCCACACACCAGUUUACAGUUACGGAGUCUGUAACACACCAGUUAAUAGUUACUGGAUUUGGGCACACACCAGUUUACAGUUACUGGAGUCUGGUACAUGUUAGUUUCAGUCUGGUGUACACUAUAUUUCCGAUCCUGUUACUCUCAGUCCGUUUAGAUCAUUUCAGUCACUGUCCCUUUAAGCCGGUGCGGAAGUGCUGUAUGUGCAGUUAAUGCAAUAAGGUCAGAGUCUCUUAGAAAGCGAAUGUAUUACUUAACACCAAGCUAUCUCGUGUUGCAGCAACUUUUUUUAAACACACCCUUGUUCGUUAGUAUUCGCUCACACAGGUAACCGUCGUAACAAUAAAUAGCGAAGCGGAGAAGGACUCAGCAGCAGCGUGUUUAACCGGCGAGCUAACAGUGUGUGACACCAGCUUAUUUCUCAAUGGCGGUGUCUAAAUGUACCCGGCUGACCGGCCAGUUGACUAAGCAGGUCCUAGACUCCGUGGACAGUGUGCUGUUUGACUGCGACGGAGUGAUCUGGCGAGGAGAUCAGGCCAUACCGGGCGCCCCUGAAGUCAUCAACUCGCUGAAAAAAGCCGGGAAGCGCGUGUACUUCGUCACCAAUAACAGCACGAAGACGCGCAGAAUGUACGCGGAGAAGUUGAGUAAGCUGGGCUUCGAGGCCAGUGAGGACGAGGUGUUUGGAACAGCUUACUGUUCAGCCGUGUACCUCAAAACCGUGUGCCACCUCCAGGGCAAAGUGUACUUGAUCGGAAGCAAUGCGAUGAGGCAAGAGCUGGAGGCGAUAGGCCUCGAAGCGGUCGGUGUUGGACCCGAUCCUGUCUCAGGAGGGCAGCAAGACUGGGCCAGUGUUCCUCUGGACCCAGAGGUCAAGGCCGUGUUGGUUGGUUUUGACGAGCAUUUCAGUUACAUGAAGCUGAACAGAGCAUUAAAGUAUCUGGAAAAUGCCGAGUGUCAGUUUGUUGGCACCAACACAGACACCAGGCUUCCUCUCGAAGGAGGCAAAUCAGUUCCAGGUACUGGCUGCCUGUUGAGAGCCGUGGAGACAGUGGCGCACCGAAAUGCCCAAGUGGUCGGGAAGCCCAGCAGCUUCAUGUUCAAAUGCAUGGCUAGUCAGUUUGGGCUUGACCCAAGCAAAUGUCUUAUGGUUGGGGACAGACUGGACACAGACAUCAUGUUAGGUUCGACCUGUGGUCUGAAGACUAUGCUGACCCUCACUGGUGUCUCAACAGUGGCAGAAGCAGAGGAGCACCAAAGAAGCGGAUGCCCCAAGCGUCUGGGCAUGGUGCCUGAUUAUUAUGUCGAUAGCAUUGCAGAGAUUUUACCAGCCCUGCAAGCAUAGUGCAUCAGUAUUGAUGAGGAUAUUGCGUGUUUCACAUAGGUUUAGCAGAAAUAUAAAAUAUUAUUUUUAUUAUUAUUAUUAUUUACAAAACAGAACUCAUUUAAGCCAACAUGAUCAGUAGUCAAUGUUAACAUAAGUGCUGUUUCUUAAUUUGGUCUUCGGGACCUCCAGUCAGCACAUUCCCCAGGUAAUCAUUACAUAAACCUUUGGUUAAGAUGUCUUUGAAACUUAAGACGAAUAAAACAUGAACUGUCUUGAAGGUUUUGAGGACUAGAUAAAGACCAACUGCAACAGAGGAUUAUAAAAUAAUUAUAUAUUUUCAAGAAGGAUUUUAA